AGGAGCAUGCAGCGCUGGCGCUUGUUGGCUGACCCUGGUGUCUGCGGUUCUGUCGUGGUCAGGGGAGGGGGGAAAACGGGCUGUGUUUCUGAAAUCCCUGUGAAAUGUUAAUUUUGGAACGACUUGUUGCUUACAUACCUCUCUCACACCCUCUCUUCUAUUUUGAAGUGUUCAAAUAUGGCCUAAUAUUGCUUAGUACUCCUUUUAGGCUUUACAGAAAUCACAUUUGCAAAGGAUGCACUAAGUAAGUGUUUGUUUAGGUUUAGCUGGUUGUUAUUUACCCCAACAGUACCAGUGGUUUUGGACUUUAUACUGACACCUGUUGGUGUGGAUGCAUGAGGUUUGUUUGCUAACUGCUGUUGCUUGUUUGUUUAUCUUUAUCGUUUUGUUACUGUACAUUUGUUUUUCUCCAUCUUACACUACACAUAUCCAUAUAGAGGAUAUUCUAGGUUUAAUUACAACAUAUUUUCAUGGUUGUAUUUGCGGGUUGUGUAGUUGUGUUUGUGCAGUAGCCUAAUUGCAUGACACGGCAAUGUCAUGUCAACAUGGCGGCGACCGUGAGGGGGCGCCCCGCUCGAUGUACAAUAAAACAGUUUUUUUCCCCACAUGACUGACAGGACUGGAGUCUCUCGCGUUUGGUAUUUCUCAAAACACUAUUAAUUUCGUUUAAUUAGCAAAAAUAUGACUGAAUGCACCUUUAAGCGGGACGUCCAUACUGUCACGAACCUUUACAUUUACGUUUUCUCUUAAAAAGUCACUCGGUUUAUGUAAGCAGUUUUAAAGUGCUCAAAGUUUUGAAUUAGGUUAUUACUGGACGGUCGAACCGUCGCUCCACCUUGGUGAUGAUAAGUGAGCUAGAAACAUCGUCCCAUCACCAUCCCUGCCCCUGCGCGCACCCCGCCCAUCUCCGUUCCACUUCAGCUGCGCUUCCUUCUCAUUCAGCAAACGCACUGUCCUGUGGCGAGAGAGGGGUCCUUUCCACCCCACAGCCAAACAAAAGAAGCCUGGAAAAGGAGAAAAUCUAGCAAAGACUUCUUAAAGGGCAGGAGGACCCCUGAAUUCUGCGUUUUUGUGUGAAGACAGCAGCGUUCUUAAGGAUAUUGCAAGGGAAGCUUUUUAAUAUCCAUCUAUUGUCAGUGUGUCAUGUGGAGUGUGGGGUCACACAGGAGGAUGACCUGUUUUUCACCUGUCGUUCUCCAGUAUACAUCUGAACAGGUUUGCUUGCGAGAAGACUCUCUCUGAACAAUCCUCCAACGCGCGCUCAGAUGCUCACCUGGGUCUGUGUCCGGUUUUGGCUCCAGUUUUUAAAACCAUCGCCUCAAAGAUCUCACUGUCCGGGGUGAUUGAAGCGCUGGAGCGAUGCAGUCCAUCCUGUCCUCUGCUGUCGUGCUAUGCUUCCAGGUCGUGUUACUGUUCUACAGCCCAUUACAGGUGUUAGCAGUGGAAAAUGUUAACUUUGGAGUUCACGUAGAGAAUCAGACAGGGGUGCGGGAUGGCCUGAGCCGGAAGCACCAUCGGGUUUACCAACUAUACAGCCGGACCAGUGGAAAACACAUCCAGGUGCUCGGCAAGAAAAUCACUGCCAUGGGAGAGGAUGGGGACAAAUAUGCCCAGCUCGUGGUGGAGGCUGACACCUUUGGGAGUCAAGUGAGAAUACGAGGGAAGGAGACAAACUACUAUUUGUGCAUGAACCGUAAGGGGAAGCUUGUGGGGAAGAAAGACAGCAGCGUAAACGGAGGCUGCGUUUUCAUCGAGAUAAUGCUUGAGAAUAACUACACUGCUUGGAUGUCAGCGCGCUACGUAGGCUGGUACGUGGGCUUCACCAAAAGGGGCCGACCGCGCAGAGGCCCAAACACGUUACCCAACCAGCGAGACGUGCAUUUCAUGAAACGCUUCCCUCCAGGAGAGCAGCCCGACCUGCAGCCCUGCAGCUUUACCACAGUCAGCAAGAGGAGCAAAAGAGUCCAGCAGACCUCCACUGCUCCUCCACCACUCCCAUAAUACAACAAACACUUGUGCACAAAGAUCCCUUCUUACAGAGGAUCUAGAGACACUCUUCUUCGAAACAUAAGUAGGUUAGACUUUAGGGCCGACCUCUCGGUGGAAGUCACAAAGGACGAGGUUGCUUAAACACUGUGUAAUCAUGCAAACAUAACCAAAGACUCCUGGGCAAGUGUCCAGUCACUAAACCCUGUCAACAAGGGGACCAAGCACUUCAGAGGCCAAAGAAUUCCCCUCUAAUGUCCAGUGCCACAGACUUUGAUUUGUCCCACCUUAAAUGAGCAAAACCUUCUACUUGUGUGAAGUUGUAUGGCUGGAAAAAUGGCAAGUACAUGGCCUAAUACGCAACAGCUGAGACUUGCUGACUUGGAUGCUCAUGACCAAAAGGGCAAUUAAAGGAUCUGCUUUGUACUCAUCAAAACAUCAGUUUCGGGCCUGUAAGAGCCAUGAGAUUGUUACCAAGAACCAAAGUCAAUCACAAUGUAUUUGACAGGAAAACAUUUUAGACCUUUGGUUUUGCCUCAGAUACUUUGCCGUUCACAUUGCACCAGGAGCAUCGAGAGUCUUUCGUAUUCAUCAGCAAUGACGGUACCAGCAACCAAUGAAAUAAAGUGCAAUUUAAAGAAAGCGAGAUACACUACUGUUCAAAAGUUUGGGGUCAAAGUGUUCGUUUUUGAAAACCAUACCGUUAUUGUCUUUUUGUAGUGGAAACUACAAAAAGCGAAAUUGUGAAAACUGUGAUAUCAUGUGCAUGUGUAUUAUAUGUUCAGUCUACAGGCACAUUGUGUUUCUUUACAAAAGUGACAUCGCCAACUACUGGCCUGGCAGCAUAAUACAGCAUUUUUAAAAACGUCAGUUUUUAGUGCAUUGUUGUUGUGUAAACAUACACUUUAAGAAGUCUUCACCAAGGCUAUAUUUAUUUGAUGAAAAAAAUACAGUAAAAACAGUAAUACUGUUAAGAUUACAAAAUAUUAAAAUAUUACAAUUCAGAAUAACCGUUUCCUAUUUUCAUAUACUUUAAAAUGUAAUUUAAUCCUGUGACGCAAAGCUGAAUUUUCAGUAACAUUACUCUAUUUUUCAGUUUCACAUGAUCCUUCAGAAAUGAUAGUAUUCUAAUUAUAAUAUGCUGAUUUGCUGCUCCUGAAACAUUUCUUGUUAUUAUUAAUGUUGAAAACAGUUGUGCUACCUGAAAUAUUUUUGAGGGAACUGUGAUAAAUCUUUAUUUCAGGACUGUUUGAUGAAUAAAAUGUUCAAAAGAACAGCAUUUAUUUGAAAUAGAAAUCUUUGUAACAUUAUAAAUGUUAUUGUCACUUUUGAUCGAUAAUUAGCAUUUGCUAAGUAUAAAAUAUAAAUGUAUAUUACUGACCCCAAAUCUUUGAAUGAUAGUGUAUUUAUUAGCAGCACAGAAUAACAAAUUAAAUGUUUUGACCAUUAAAAAGACUGUAACAUCCAUUAGACCAUUAGGGCAGAACUGCUGAAUGGCCUGUAUAAGACAUGUUUGACCAAACGCUGAUCAACACUGAUGUUCGUGGCUUUUUCAAAACAAAAUAUCCAUUACAGGCCACAACAGGAGUUGAUUUUCACUUUAGAUAGUUUGUAACGUAUCAGUUAUUCGAACUGACCCCGGAGCUUCCAGCCCUGCAAGUGUUGUAAUGCAAAAUGUUGCCGUUACAAAUUACUCUGUCCCAAAAACACUUGGGGCUGGCGAAAUCUUCAGAGAUAUUUUGAUACUAUUCAUGUUAUUAAAAUAUUUAUUUUGU